AUGAGCAGCAGUUCAGCAACAUCAUCAAUGAAAAAGAAGAAUAGUAAACAACAUUCAGAGCAUAGUAGUAGUAGUAGUAAAGGAAACAAACAUCGUAACAACAACAACAGUCAUGAUUAUAUAUUCACUGAUGUCGAUGUAGACGAGAACUCUGUUGAUUUGAUGCAGACUACACCAACACUGCCCAUUGUCAAGAGCUCUGAUCAACUUCAAGUGUUGCCAUCAGGUGAUCUAACUGUUCCUGUCACUUCAUCCACCAAUUCAACUACUACAACAACAUCUGGUGCCACCACACAACCUGAUGUCGCUGAUGAAGAAGAUGAUGAUCAUGAUAGACCAUCAAUAACAGUGACAACUCCUUCUGGAAAGGGAGAAUCCACAACAUCAACAACCACCACUACUACAGGCGAUGACAAUCAGCACAAGGAUGACUUGUCAAAGAACCAAUCAAAUAUGCUCAGCAAUGAAACAGAGGAGGUCAUUGUCAGCCCUGUACAGACAGAGCGAAACCCAUUCAACUUGGAGAAUAGGGAGUCCCAUCAGUUGUACACCACAAAGAUAUUGGAGCGACAAAAGUCUCUAGAGAAUGUACCACCAACCUACUCUCCAGACAAACAACUCUAUACAAAGAGACAUGCAUUCAUCAAGAAGAUUGUAAACAAAGUGUACUAUACCUUAAAGUCAGCGGCCUCAGAGGAUCUGCUGUCAUCCCAGAAGAAUCAGAUACUCAAAGAGUUGUUUAGGAAUGUCACAGCUGAGUUGGAUGACUCUGUACUAGAGUACCUACAGAACAGAUCAUCUGGAAAGACUGGAAGUAAUCAGAAGGAACUCCCAUUCUCACCACUUCAUCUAUCAGAUGCUGAUCAUCAUCCGUCAAACAUGCCUGGAUCACCACUGCCUCAAAUGUCACUUGUGAAUGAAUUCUCCAACUCACCAAUCAAUGAUGUCAAGCUGGCACAGAUGCACAACAUUGAUCACCUGACACACUCUUAUCCAAUCCUUGACGACAAGGACAAACCAGUCAAGUACUAUUAUCAACUCAUCAGUCAAUACUUUUACAAUGUUCCAGGCGAAGUGGAGAGGUUCAGACCAUUGCUACACUGUCUUUGGAACAACCAUUGGUGCAUCCUAACAUUUUCAUCAUUGUUCUAUCUAUGGCUGAUGGAGUAUAGACUAUCAUUGAUACCUCAAGUCAAUGUAUUCAUAAAGUCAACCAACAAACUGUUCUGGCAUGACUUGGACUUUAACACUCAAAAGUUCAAGGACAUCUACUUCACAUUGAAGCAGAAGCUAUUGGACAACAGCAUUUGGAUUGGAUUGAAUGAGACAACAGACAGCAAUGACCAAGGUCUGAUGAUUAGGAACAGACGACUCUGGAUCGAUUUCUAUCACAUUAUCACAGUGUUCUAUUUCCAUUACGAGGAUAACGUCGACAAGAGUGACUUGGAUGCCUUUAGACAACAGAUGGACGUACAGUACAAAAAGAACAUUGCAAACAGAUUCGACAUUGCUCACGAUGGCAGUGGCAACAACAUCAGCAGCAGUAGCAGCAGUAGCAAAGGUGACGACCAAAAUCAAUUAUCAAUCGAUGAUAUCUUUGUAAGAGGUAUACUCAGACAACUCUGUUUGAUUAAGACUGAGGAUGUUUUAAUCAAGUAUAUAGAGUGUUGUACAUUAUUUAAAGACUGGAACUUGAAUGCUGUAUCCAAGAUCAAACUACAGUCAUGUUUGUAUUCAUUUUCAAAGCCAGGCUCACCAUUGCACCUACCAAGAGGUGUAAGGGUGGCAUCACGUCAAACAUUGGACACAUUGUUCCCUGAGGGCAAGGUAUCUCGUUACACAGUCAAUUUGUUCUUUAGGCUUCUACACCCAUAUUAUUCAACCAGUUCCAUUGUUCACUGGGUUGUGGAGACUGCCAAACAAUACUUUCCUUCAUUCCUUUUGAAGUAG